CGCUUCUAACGUCGAGUUGAGAGGCUGUCACUGCGCUGUCGUGGCCGUCACCAAACUUUACGUAAAUAAAUAACAUUUGCGUUUUACGCUAAAACGGGAUUGUUUUCGCUAAUCAGUGAUAGUGUUUGUGUAUGAAGUGGGAAUAAAUUAGUGUUUUACAAGUUUAGUGUUGUUUUGUAGUGGAUUUACGAGGAAAUCGCUAAGCAAAGUUGUAACGGAACCCGAUCGCGGCGGAGACUCGAUCGACACGAGUUUUAUUGGGAUUCUGGAGUCCCGCGAUGCGCUGCUGACGGCGUGAUGAUGAGGCUCGAGGCCCCGGAGAAACCGCACCGCUACCACAACCUGCUGCACGACGACCAUGCCAAUGAAAUGCUAGAAGGCGAGGGCGCCGGGCUGGCGGCUCGCGUGGCUGAGCUGGAAGUCCGCUGCGCCCGGCAGGCUGAGGAAUUACUAUGUCUUCGGUCCACCCUAGCUGAUGCCCUACGAAGGCUCAACGCUUUAGAAGGGAGAGCUCCAGCAACAUCAACACCUCAAAGAAAUGGGGGUUACACAGGGUCAUCAGGCACUCCAACGAGAGAGCUAAGGCUACGGCAGCCCUCCUACAGAGAGACUGCUAAACGGACGUCCAGCUAUGGAUCCACGGCAUCCUCACUCCCACAAAGACGCGGACCCCAGCACCAGUCCACCGGCUCGCUGCAGUCGGACUCGCCCGCCUCGUCGUCGUCGCUGUCGCCGGCGCCCUCGCCCUCGCCGCGCGCCACCCCCGCGCCGCACAGGUCGCAGGCUAGCCUGUAUGUGUACGCAUCGCGCAACAACUCCACGUCCAGCAAUCAGAGCCAGAGCCCCGGAGGGAACAAUCUCACCAAGCGCUGGAGCUCCACCGGAGACUUCAACGCACAGGGACUCAUUCCCAACAUCAGAUUUACAACUACAAAGUCGUUGUUAAACUUGUAUUCUAAGUCGCCGCAGAACGGGCCGAUUCUCAAACACGGCACGCACACCUGCCAGUACAACGAGGAGGAUGGCUCCAUGCGCAUGUACCUGCGCGGGAGGCCCGUGGUGCUGUACGGACCCUCGGAGCUGGACGGGUUCGACCCGGCCAAGGUCGCGCCGCCGCCGCAGAACAAGCUCAAGUUGGAGUGGAUCUACGGAUACAGGGGCAAAGACUGCCGCAGCAACCUCUACCUCCUGCCGACCGGCGAGAUCGUGUACUUCGUCGCGGCGGUGGUGGUUCUCUUCAACGUGGAGGAGCAAUGCCAGCGGCACUACACCGGCCACACUGACGACGUCAAGUGCCUCGCUAUACACCCUAACAAGCUUAUUGUGGCGAGUGGCCAGUGCGCGGGGCAUGACCGAGUCGAUGCUAGGCCGCACGUCCGCGUCUGGAACUCCGUUUCCCUGGCGACCCUGGCCGUGAUCGGAGCGGGACAGAUGGAGCGCAGCAUAGCGGCGCUCUCGUUCUCGCGCGCCGACGGUGGCGCCCUCCUCGCCGCCGUGGACGAGGGCGCGGACCACACCAUCUCGGUGUGGGAGUGGCAGCGGGACAAGGGGCACUGCCUCGCCGAGACCAAGUGCUCAGUGGACACCGUGGUGGCAUGCGAGUUCCACCCGCUGGACCGCAACCAGAUCGUGACGUGCGGCAAGAACCACAUCGCGUUCUGGACGCUCGACCACACCAACAUGCUCUACAAGCGCAUGGGCGUGUUCGAGGCCCGGGACAAGCCCAAAUACGUCACGUGUCUUGGAUUCAACCAUAACGGCGACGUGCUGUCGGGCGACUCGAGCGGCAACAUCAUCGUGUGGGGCCGCGGCACCAACACGGUCGCGCGGCUGGUGCGCGGCGUGCACGCGGGCGCCGUGUUCUCGCUGCUCGCGCUCAAGGACGGCGCCGUCGUCAGCGGCGGCGGCAAGGACGGCCGCGUCGUCAUGUUCGACCCCGAGCUCGGCGCCACCGGCCACGAGAACAUCAUCGAAGGUCACUACGGUGGCGUGCGAGUACUGGCCGAGGGCCGCGGAAGCCAGCUGUUUGUGGGUACCACCAAGAACUGUAUCCUGCACGGAGACCUGCAGCUGGGCUUCUCGCCCGCCGUGCUAGGUCACGUAGACGAGUUGUGGGGACUAGCGGCGCACCCCACUCUGCCUCAGUUCGUGACGGCCGGCUGGGACCGGCUACUGCAGCUGUGGGACGGGAUGAGCCAUUCUACCGUGUGGAGCAAGGACAUCGAGGAGCGCGCGCAGUGCUGCGCCUGGGCGGCGGACGGCGGCGCGGUGGCGGUGGGCUGCCUGAGCGGCAAGUGGCUCGUGUUCCACCCCGCCUCCCGGGAGCUGCUGGCCGCGCACCACGACGGAUCGGAGCCUAUCCAAACGAUCCAGUACUCCCCCGACAACAAGUACGUGGCGCUGGGGUCGCGGGACAACUUCAUCUACAUCUACCAGGUGGACGACGAGUGCCGCCGCUACACGAGGAUCGGCAAGUGCUUGGGUCACUCCAGCUACAUAACGCAUCUGGACUGGUCCGAAGACAGCCAAUACAUCAGGAGUAACUCCGGGGACUACGAACUCUUAUACUGGAACGCGACAACGUGUCGCCAGGUGCCGACGCCGACAACGAUGCGCGACGUGACGUGGGCGACGCACACGUGUCCCAUCGCCUUCCAGACGGUCGGCGUGUGGCCCGAGGCGGCCGACGGCACGGACAUCAACUCCUGCACCAGGUCUCACGACAGUCGCCUCGCCGCGACUGGAGACGAUUUCGGAAAAGUGAAGCUUUUCGCCUACCCCGUCACACAACCUAAGUCCCUCUGUCACCAAUAUGGCGGACACUCAUCACACGUGACCUGCGUCCGGUUCCUGCCCGACGACUCGCGUCUCGUGUCCACCGGCGGACUCGACACGAGCGUCAUGCAGUGGGUCGUAGAUUAAACCUUCACUCCAAGGCAUAAAACACAUUUUACAACUACCACGUUCGAGUACACAGACUCUACUAUACAGUGGGUACUGUACUUUAAACCCUAUCUUCAAGGAAUAAAGCACAUUUUACAGAGCAUGUUGGAUUGUUGACUAAGCCUUCUAUCAAAUGUCUAAUACAUAUUUUGCAACAAUCCUUAACACGUCAUUAUGUGACUGUGUGGUGUUGUAAUGAAAGUAGGUCGUAUGUAGCACCUCUUAAAGUAGAUUUUUCAAAAACAUUAUAUUUUAAGCAAAUCUUAAACCAUUUCAUGUUUAACUGACAAACAUAUGAUCAUAAGUAGCAUUUUAAUUGUGGGGGAGUCCUUAAAGACCUUUCUAUCAAAAUUAUUGGUCUAUUAAACAUAAACAUGGGUAUUAACCAUAUCAACUCGACUUAUUGAGAAAGUGAUAUUCGCCCCAAAACAUUCCAAUUACCUACUAUUACGUAUCAAAUUUAUAGUAAAUAAUAUGAUUGCUAUAUGAGGAUCAUAGUAAAUAAAAUGAUUGCUAUAUGAGGAUCAUUAAACAUAUUGAAUGUGAUCGGUUAUGUCAUAUUCUUUUUGUAUAACUUUACCUAAUCAAAUAAUAUUUGAAACUAAGGCCCACUGGAAAUUAUAAUGUAUGGAAAAAAUGCUAAAAAUGUUGUUUAUUUAUAAGUGAAACUUGCACGAAGCACUGAUAAGGCCUAAGAAAAGCCUUUUUUACAAUUGUGUCAUUUUAUAAUAAGAAAAUAAGAGAUUUGUGUGUGCAUCUUAAGUCGAAGUGAAAUUGUUUGUAAUAAAAUGCUUGAGAAGUAUUGGAUUGCUAUACAUUUACUUGUUUGUUUGUUUUGUGCACGGUUGUGACUAAGCAAAGAGUUAUUUAAUUGUUAAUUAUGAAUAAAUCAGAGUAAAGAAUAAUUAUGCAUAAUAUUAUUAAGCAUAUCCUACAAAUACAAAUGUUCCACUGAAAAUGUUAUGGUUGAAUUUAUUAAAUCAUUUUUAAAAUUAUAUUCAUUCCUAUAUAUUUUUCAUAAUUUUCAUGUUUUAAUUGUUUGAUUCUUUACUCUGAUAUUAUAUUUUUACUGAAAAAUCCGUCACUAUAAUCUAGUUUAAGUAUAGCAACACUAAACUUAGUGGUUUUACACUUGCAACACUGCGAAUAUUGUUUUAAUAAUUAUGUAUGUGAUUGAGCUUGUAAGCUAAUUUAAUUAUAAGCAUAAUAAUAUUUUUGUGGCACGUUUUAAAUUUUAAUCAAUUACUGUAAUAAUUAUUAAUUAUUUAAGCCAUACAGUUCAAGUUUUACAAAUUAGGCAUAAUAAUUAUUUUUAUUUUAAUAAUUAAUGUUGCAACGUGGUUUGUGAAAAUUCAGAAGUAGCUAAGUUUAGUUUUAGAAAGUACAAAUAUGUUUGGCUGUAUUUUCAUGGAAAGCAAAACAGUAUUAAUAUUUAAUACAGCAAGCUUGAUUAGGAAUUUCAAGCCUUCAGAAAAGGUUAAGGUUAAAGCUCGAAGCCUUCAGAAAAGGUAUUUUUUGCUGUAACCUUUGACCUUUGUUGGCUAUGGCCGACCGUUCAAAGUAGUAUUUUUAUUAACUCUUCUCUGCUACGCAAGGAAAGAACAAACACGAAUUUCCAAGAACCACGUUGGCAUUAAAAUGAGUGUGGAUAACAUUCCUUUUGGUGAAAAUGGAACGGUUUAAAACCUAGUCACCGUAGUUUUCAUUUAGUUCUCAUCGUAGGUACUAGGCAAGCACUAAUUUAGGUCUGUAAAUACCGAAGACGUACGUCUUUUUGAAUGUGCCUCUAUUAAAAAUCUUUUAUCGAA